AUGGCAGUCACUGGCGCAGUUGCCGCAGCCGCAAGGAACGGUGGCGAGACGACAGACCGACGCCGAGGAAGAGGACAGCUUGGAAGAAGAGCUGACUGCAGAGAUCCAACCGGAACGCGAACUGGAGAAAAUGUUGGCGGGGUUGAUAACGAACUCGUAGAAGAAGGCCUCCAAUUGGGAGGCGACGCGCCAAAAGAAGAGCAGAACAAAAACGAAUUGCGUGAAGAGGAUCCACUUGCAAGAAGAGCUCCCAAACGACGACAAUGCAAUGGAUCAAGAAGAGGGCGAAAUAACCGAGCAAGACCUUAA